AUGAGGGAAAAUGGAGAAGAUGAGACUAUCACAGGUCGCUCACGUGGUCUCUCCUGUGGCGUUCCUCCUGUUCUCCUGGUCCCUGCCUGGUCGUCCUGGCUCUCGAGCUCCAGCCCGUCCUCCCGGCUUCCCUCGUCUGCCUUCUACCUGCGCUAUUCCCCGGGCGCCGCUCUGGCUCUUAGGCCAUUUCAAACGGCAUAUCUACCCCAGCACUUUAACCGUGACAUCAUGGCAUAUAGGAAGGUGUGUGAUGCACAAGGUGGCCCACUGGUCAGUGAGGUUCUGCACUGCUCUGGAGGUCUGGAUCUUGACUGGGACCUGGACAAGGAGGAGCUUCAGGAGCCAGGGCCCAGCAUGGACCGCAUGCAGAUGCAACAUGUAGACUGCCAGAGAUCAGGGUGCUCAGAUCCUGGCCCUGACCCUGACCCUGAGCUGAUGGAACCCAUCCAGCCAUCAGUUUCAGUUUCACCACAUGGGCGGUUUGAACGACUCCAAGAAGAUCCCAACUACAUUUCCCACUUCACCAGGACUCCUGGCCAUAAAGGUCAACGACGACUCCACUGCUUUUUGCUCAGGUACUUCCUGGCAGCAGUGGCACUUUUUGUCCUGGGCCUGCUGAUUGGCUGGUUCACUCACACACCUUCUGUCAAACCACCUGUUCCCCCAUCCGACAGCUCUGACCUGCUGGAGGAGCUGCUGAGAGGAAUCACAGCUGACAAGAUAGAUGCUCUUCAGAGGUCUUUCUCUAGCCUGUCAGACGAUAGUGAAGAAGCCAGAGCCAGAUACCUCUUCAGACAGUGGGUGGGACUUGGUUUGACUGAUGUCCGUCUGUCCAAUUACACAGUUUUACUCAGCCUGCCUGGUUCCACACCCAACACCAUCACUGACAGGUCUAGUCAUCAGUGUUUCCUGCCAAAUGGGAUCCCCUGUGACCAGCGUGGACCAAAGGAUCUGCCGAAGCAGCAGUUCUCCUACGCAGCCUACUCUGCUGAAGGAAGUUUGCAGGGUGAGGUGGUGGAUGUUCAGUAUGGGAGUGUGGAUGACCUGAGGAGAGCAAAAGACAGCGUGAACCUCACCAACCAGAUUGCUGUGGUCAAGCUUGGACAAGCACCUUUGCUGUACAAGCUGUCCCUACUCUCUGAGCUGGGUUUUGGGGGUGUUCUGAUUUACAUUGACCCAUGCGACGCUCCCCCUGGUCGUCACAACUGGAAUCAAGCCUUCAGAGUUACCCUCAACCCUGGAGGAAACCCUGCCAUUGCUGGGGUGUCAAGAGAGGCUGGAGGAAGUCUGACAUCUCUGUUGGUUCAGCCAGUCUCUGCCAUCCUCGCCAAGACAUUACUGUCCUCUCCAUCCACAGUGCAGGGAGACUCCUGUAUUCCUCUGGCCAUGCCUCCCAACACAGAACGAAAGAAGAUUACGCUGACUGUUGGAAACCAGCAAUCCUACAAGAGAAUCUACAAUGUUGUGGGGUAUCUGAAAGGAAGGAGGAACCCAGAUCGCUAUGUGCUCGUUGGCAGUCGUCACGACAGCGACCUGGGAGGCGGGGCUUCAGCUAUCAUGAAUCAGCUCAUCGCAGCCCUGACAGAACAGACCAAACGCGGAUGGGUGCCAGACCGUACCACUGUGUUUUGCUCAUGGGGAGGCUCAGCCCUGGGAAACAUUGGGUCCUAUGAGUGGGGAAAGGAUAACAGUGUUGUCCUACAGAGCAGUGCAGUGGCCUACGUCAGUCUGAACUCUCCAGUCAGAGGGACAGAGACUCUCAGAGCUACAGCUUCCCCGACUCUGCUGCAACUCACCUCAGAUAUACAGAGGAGACAGUUACUGAGUUGCAUUCGAGGUGGGAACUGCCCCGGACCCAACGUCAGUUCACUACAGUUGCCUGGAGAUGUGAGCUUCUUCGCCAACCAACUGGCUGUCCCCACCAUGGAGUUUGCCUUUGAGCAGACCAAAGCAGAAGAGACCACCAGUUUCCUGUCAGAGGCCCAGUUUUCUGUGGAGUCACCAGGAACCCUGGACCCACUUUUCAAGUUCCACGAAACCAUUGCUAAGAUGACAGCAGAAGCCAUCCUCCGCCUGGUCAAUGAUCCUGUGCUGCCAUUCUACCCUCUGGACAUUGCCCUAGAUGUACAAAACAAACUCAAAGACAAAAGCGUGGUGUUGUCGUCCUUGCUGUCCUCAGCCUCCUCUUUGAGAGACCACACGGCUUUCUUCCAGUCAGAAACUAUGCGGCCAGCCAAUGACCCUAAAGAGCGUGACCCGUCCCACGUGCGGAUGCUCAACGAUGUGCUUCGUGACCUGGAGAAGAGCUUCAUCAUCCCAGAGACGCCUCCCGGAGUGUACAGGAACCUGUUAUACAGCCUUCCAGGAAAGACUCCACAGUUUUCCAUCCUCAGGUUCUCACAGGAAGCCAUCCUGCACUGCAAUGUCACAAGCAAAGUCGAACACGAAGGCGUCAAACACAACUCUGCCAACAAGGAAGUACUUUGCCACAGCACCAUGAACCAGUCUCUGUCUCUCAUCCUCAGGGCGAUCCGCUCAGCGGAGAGGCUGGUGUGCUUUGGCUUGGAUUUGUUUGAAAAUUACCCGAGUGACACAAUAUGAUCUUGAGCGACACAGACCCAAAGGUGAGCUUGGAUUCACUCAACAGCAAAAAUCUGCCUCUGAUCAAGUCAAUAAAGUUCAAAUAUACACUGAAAAUAUUAAAACACAAUUGACCCUCUCACCGACCUCACCCAAAAUCCUCUCUUACUCAUCAUAGUAAAAUCCUGGAAAAGUUGAGAAUCCGAGGAAAUCCAUACAUUGCUUGACACGCCAUCCAGGAUAUAGUGAAGAAUUUUAGGCCUUUUUUAUGGAAUGAUUUUCAUAUUAAAGGUUGUAAAAGAUUUGUCUGAUUGAUGAAUGUAUUGAAACUAACAUGUUGCACAUUAGCUCUUAGAUAUGCAAAUAAUACUGACACAGUGAGGUCGUUUAAAUUGCACUAUACUCUCUUCCAAUGAAAGCAGACCAGUAAUAAAAGGCAUAUGGUAAGUUUUAGAUUAUUACAUUUUCCUUCAGCAGACACUUGCUCUGUUGUGUAGAAGACUUUUAGCCAUCCUUUCCUGGACAAACCCCAGCACUGAGUCCCAGAGAAAACUAAAACUGCGAUUACCUGAUGAAGAGAAUGUAAAAAUAUUUAAAUACCAUCUCUACUGGUGCAGCCAUGGUAGAGAAAAAAAGUGUUUACAUGUGUUUACACUGUUUACACUCAGAGUCACUUUGUGACAGUAGCUGAUUUUAUAGUUUUUUGUUUGUCCAUAAAGGCAAAUUUUAGUACUUUAUAACUUGGGUCUAAUUGUUGCUUCUCUGACUAUGGAUAAUGCUAAUGCUACACCCCCAACUGACAUAGCAGAAAUAUGGGAAAUGGGACUCCAACAAAACAAGGUAUAUCUGGGCAGUUUCCUAAAACUUUCAGCCUGGUUAGUUUAUGUUUCAUUUGGACUUAGAAUCAAGUGUUUUCACUUAUGUAAAAUAUUGUUUAACUUUAUCUGGAAGGCUUUAUAGGGCUCUCUGGGAUUGCCUACGAUAUGUGUUGUUUUGGUCAAGUUGUUUUUCUUCUAAUCUCUACAAUGAAGGCGGAGAGUGUCAAUUUAACAUCAGGUGGUCAAAUUUAUGAGAAUAAGACCCAGGUUAACUGAUACUGGAAUUUUAUUUGGAUAAAUUAUUUAACUGUCUCACCUGACACCUUUAAAUUUCUAAUACCCAGUUAUCCAUGAGGGCCUUGUUAUGCAAUAAGCCAUUCUAAUAGUCUACUCAGCAACACCAUUUAUCUGUUUUAAAAUCAUUGUAUGCCAUGGCAUCUGAUGGCUCGUGACCUGAUUAAAGAGCAAUAACAACAUUUUAAACUAAAGCACAAAGGUAACUAAUGCUUUAAGCAAUAAAAGUGAAAUCGUAUGUUUUCAUCUUGCAGUGUAGUCAAUUAACAGCAAAAAAGUAAAAUAGUUAAAGUAACUGUUUUAGGUGUGUUUUUAUAGAUAACUGUAAUGGGGGUGUCCUAGGAGCACGAAUGUAAAACAUUCACUUCACCACUGCAGAGACCCGGGUUCUUCAGUACCUGGUUACCAACGCCUCUGGCUUGGCCCGGAGCCCCAAACAACACCCACAGUAACUGGAAGUGUUAGCAGGUGGGAAGGUGGUGGGGGAACAUGUCCUUGUUCACAUUAGCAACUCCUACGGUUCCUCGGUGUCAGGUGAAAAGAAGCAGUUGGUGACUCUGUGUCCCCAAUGAGAGGCACAUGACAGGUACUUUACACCUGCCAUGGGCCAACAGAUGGGGUUGGCAAUGGCAGAGAUUAACAACUAAAUAUGGGAGACAGUGUGAGAAAAUGUAAAAUUAAAAGGACAACCUACAGACAGAGACGUAUUGCAAAAGUCAUUUAAUAACAGCUAUUAUUACAAAAUCUUUAUUUGAGACUAAAAUGUUUUAAUAAUCUCCCCUAACCUGAAAUAGCCAAUUGCAAUACAACCAAAUGCUGUCAAACUGCGUAGUUACCCGGAAACACACACAUAACAUACACAGUUUUGUAUAGCAUUCACAACAAUCUUACAGAGUAUAUGAGGUGAAUACAUUGAAAACACUCAAAUGCUUUAGCCUAACAGGAAAAGUGAAACAGCAGAAUGGGCAUCAUAACACACAUUCCAGCUGGAAGCAUUUACAACCAUUAUGCUCUGUUUGACAAGUGCUCUCUGUCUCCACUUGCUAUUCUUUCUCACUUUCUCAGUGUCUGUGCCACACUGUGCAAAGUGUUAAUGUUUUAAGUGGCAAUAGUCAGUGUUAUCUCUCUGCCUCUUCUUUCUCUUCAUUCUUCUCACAUUCUCUCCUUAAUCACAGGAUGGUGGCAUUACCACCAUCCUGUGGCAUUACCACCAUCCUGUGAUUUCUGCCACUGUGCAGCAGUUUGCUCUGCUUAUGACAAGAGAUUUAGGAGUCUAUGGCUGAUGUGAUAGUUUGCACAAGCCUGAAUAGAGACCUGAGCAAUAUUUUUUUUUCUAUACUGUAAAAUUAGUAAUUGACACUAUGGUAUACAAAAAACAUUAUUACUGUGAGGAAAGGUAUAUGUUGGUCUAUGGUUCUCACGCUGUAACCAAUCACUCAAUGUAACUAACCAAAGCUGCAAACCAGAGAUCAGCAGCUCUAGCAACCCUUACAAAUUACAGGGAGUCAUGUAAAUCAACACUUAGUCCUCUAUUUAAAAAAAUGCUAGUAAUUGGGGCUUCAGGGUUUUUUUUAUGUAGUUAGGCAUGAUGUUUGCUAUAAUAGUAUUUGUGAGAAAAACAUUGAAUAAAAUUAUAAAUUUUAUACAAUGAAAAACUGUUUCAUAACUUAGCGUAUUUGUAAUAGUUUGAAUGUGAUAGACUUUUUUAGCAUGAUGGAAGGGAGGGAGGGCGUGGGUUGGGCUUAGGUUUUGCAGCUUGUAAUUUCUUAUUAAAUCUAAAUUUUGUAGAGUUCACACACUUUUGAAAUAUUCUGAGAAGUGAUUCAGGAUUUGGAAAAAUACCAUCAACACUGUCUACAAUUACUUCUUAGACAGCCAGAUAAUUGAUUUAUUGUAAUGUUUCGUGUUUCCACAAUCAAAAUGAUGCAUUCAAAUAAGUUAAUUUUUAGUCUUAAAAUAUGGUGUUUUUUUAUUAACAACAUCUCAAUUUGUAGCAAAAAUUUAAUACACAAAAUUUUGUAAGGGGAAUUAUUCAUUUCUAAUUAUCCAGUUUGUAAAUAAGCAGACUUGCAAUACUGAUUUAAAAAAAAACUUUUCAGGGAUCAAAAAAUGUAUUUUAAUUGCUUUGAAUCAUGUGCCUUUUCUCAGUAAACAUAAAACAAAUGCUUUAAUUUAUUACAUCAUGGUAGCGAUACCAAAAAAGUGACAAGAGUUCUAGAUUUUAGCUGAUGUAAUGUAAGCUACUGGAGGUCCUCACCUCUGUGCUGAUUAUCAGCUGUAGAAUCUGAUCAGUUACCCACCACUGUGUUGUUAAUACAUCUGGUUUUAGCUACUUGCUACAGUUUGUGCUUGGGUGCUUGUGAUGAAUAAACACAGACUGCAUGUAUACUGUGAAGUGAUAAUAUCCUUUACAUUCAGUCUGAAUGCAUCUGUUGUACUGGCUGUUAUGUUAAUAACAAAAUGUUGUGCUAAACUAGCCUGCUGCUUGCUAGUUAGCUAGUUAAAACAAAAUAUAAAGACAAAAUAACAAUACUGGAAUGAUAUUGUGUUGUAUUAUAAUACUAGGAAUUCAAUCACUCCAAAAAUCUCUUAUGCUUUAAAUUGAAAAAUAAAUGUUUGAUAGGUGUUUUUAAAUGUUGUAAAUGUUUUGAAAAAGACAAAUAUACCAGACUUACAUACAAAUCAAGCACAUUAGUGGGCAACUAAUCCAAUAAGCCAGUCGCAAUUUCCAAGGAAUGAACAAGUUAGUGAUAUCCCUCCUACUGAUUUUAAAUCACCACCUUGGAUAUUAAAAUCUGGUAUAUUCCCCAUUUGAGAGAAAAGCUGCAUUUUUGGUUGGUAUCUGUAUAUUUUGUAAAACCAAUGUAUAUCAUGUGUUGUCUAAUGGUGAGCAAGUGUAUGAUACUUUAGGCUGUCACUGUGGCACAAACUUAGCAUACUGUAAGCAGCACCAAGUCCUAGACUGGCAGGAUUUCCUGUAGGUGUCAUGGACAUGUGACUGACAUGUAACCAGCAUGUAUCACUGACACAGAAAUACAUGUGUGACAGUGCACAUUACAGUUACUGUAUAUUAUAAUAAUACCUUUGAUUUUGAUUCCACUUGGCCUGAUGUGUUACAGCAUGACAAGUCUGCCUCACAGCAUGAAUCUUUUGCAUCUGUAUGGCUAUUUUAUUUAGAAUUGCAUGGUAAUACUGUACAUCUACGCUGAAUUUCAUUACACUCAUUAUUGUGCUAUGGCUUCAUGCCUUUAUGUUACACUUUUCUACAUAAAAACCUUAAGUGGUUCUCAAGCGUUUUUGCUUAAAAGGAAAAAAAAAAAACAUUUGUGUGUUUUGAAAAUCUGUUUUGACUACAGCAUUCACUGUUUUAAUGUCAGUAAACUAACAUUAUAUAAAUAUGAUGAUCUGCAGCAAGAUAAAAUGCAUCAUUGCACAACCAGGGCCUACACCCAGGGUCUCAUCUCACAGGUUGAAAAAUACUUGAGUUGGUUGAACCAUGAACUGUCUACUAUGUACAGUAUUUAUUGGAAAAAUGUAAUAAUAUGCAAUGUUGUAUCAGUUUAGUAGAAUUAGACAAUACUGGAAAUUGCUAUAUUGUGGACUUUGCACAAAAGUGUGAUUCUUCUCUGUUUGCUCCAAGUUUUUGCAUUUACCAAGAAUUUCUCACACUGUAUUCUGUUAUUUGUUUCUGAUUUAUACUCGUCAACAGCAACAAAAAAACAAGACAAUAAAAAAUAUUUUCAUUGUUUGAAAUUGUCUGUAAACCUAUGAAAAGUCUGAAAAUGUAACUUUUGACCGACUCUCAAAUACAACACUAUUAUUAUUAUUUGUUGAAUCAUUUGAUGAUUCAGUAUAGCCUGGUUUUUGUAUGCAUGACAAAUAAUAAUAACUAGCUUAUGCAGGGAUUUUUCUGGCAUGUUUUUUUU